UUUUUUUCUUCUGUGUUCUAUAGCCUUUUCCACUGUGUACCAAAGAAAUGGUGAUGGAGAAGCCAAGUCCGCUGCUUGUGGGGCGGGAGUUCGUGAGGCAAUACUAUACCUUACUAAAUAAAGCACCAGAUUAUUUGCACAGGUUCUAUGGCAGGAAUUCCUCUUAUGUCCAUGGUGGGCUGGAUGCCAGUGGCAAACUCCAGGAAGCAGUGUAUGGCCAGUCUGAUAUCCAUAAGAAGGUGAUGUCCCUGCAGUUUAAUGAAUGUCGGACUAAGAUUCGUCACGUGGAUGCCCACGCAACCUUGAAUGAUGGAGUCGUUGUGCAGGUCAUGGGGGAGUUAACAAACAACGGGCAGCCAAUGCGGAAAUUCAUGCAGACCUUUGUACUGGCUCCAGAAGGCUCUGUUCCAAAUAAGUUUUAUGUCCACAAUGACAUAUUCCGUUAUGAAGAUGAAGUAUUUGGUGAAUCUGAAGCUGAACUAGAUGAAGAAUCCGAAGAUGAAGUAGAAGAAGAGCAUGAAGAAAGGCAGCCAUCCCCUGAGCCAGUGCAAGAGAAUGCAGCCAGUGCUUACUAUGAAAGUCACCCUGUCACGAAUGGAAUAGAAGAAAGUAUGGAAGAGCCUUUUCAUGAGCCAGAUCCAGAAUUAGAAUCUGAAUCAAAAACAGAAGAACUGAAAUCUGAAGUAGAAGAAAAGAAUAUUGACGAGAUUGAAGAAACGUCUCCAUCUCCACCUCCUGUAGAAACCAUUUCUCUACCACAAGAACCACCAAAGGCUUUCUCCUGGGCUUCAGUGACCAGUAAAAACCUGCCUCCUAGUGGUGCUGUUUCUUCCUCUGGAAUUCCACCCCAUGUUAAAGCACCUGGCUCGCAGCAAAGAGUGGAAGCAAAACCUGAAGCCCCCUCCCAACCACUUCGGGUGCGUGAACAGCGUCCGAGGGAGAGACCGGGCUUUCCUUUGAGGGGCCCCAGACCAGGCCGAGGAGACGUGGAUCAGAAUGAAUCAGACAAUCGCCGAAUAAUUCGCUACCCAGACAGUCACCAGCUGUUUGUUGGAAACCUCCCACAUGACAUAGAUGAGAAUGAACUGAAAGAGUUUUUUAUGAGCUUUGGGAACGUUGUGGAACUUCGCAUCAAUACUAAAGGUGUUGGAGGAAAACUCCCAAACUUUGGCUUUGUGGUGUUUGAUGACUGUGAGCCAGUUCAGAAGAUUUUAUUGGCGAAACCCAUUAUGUUCCGUGGUGAAGUGCGCUUGAAUGUAGAAGAGAAGAAGACCAGAGCUGCUCGCGAGAGGGAGACCCGAGGUGGGGGUGAUGACCGCAGAGAGAUUCGCCGCAAUGACCGAGGGCCCGGGGGUCCCCGUGGCCUAGUGGGUGGAGGAAUGAUGCGCGACCGUGAGGGGCGAGGGCCGCUCCCAAGGGGCAGCAUGGCACAGAAGCUGGGCUCUGCCAGAGGAUCUGGGCAGCUGGAAGGCCGAUACACAGGUCAACGCCGCUGAAGACCCUGCUGUGGGCGGAGCAAUGAUGCGUUAUUCGUCGUGUUUGCAUUCUUGUUAAUUUUUGGCUUUGGAAUGUAACACAGCCUUUUUGAUCAUUUCUUUUGAUGUGAGAAACCUCCUUUGGUUACCAGUAAAAUUGAGGUGGACAUUCUUUCCCCCAGUUUCACAAAGAAGUCACGCUGUUUAUUUAUAAAUUUAGGAUUGAGACUAAGAAAUGACCAUUUAAACUUUCUGCAACAAAACUGGACUUGAAGGGCAUGCCCCAUUGAGUUAAGAUCCUUUCAGUACCUUUCAGUUUUAGUCAAAAGCAAAAAUCCCUCUGCUGCACAUUUGAAGUGUUCCUGUUUCUGCCUCUUGCAGUUGGAAACAUAAAUAGUGCAAUCAGUGCAAUUGGAGAAGCUUGCCUUUUCCCCAUUGGCUCCAAACAAACUUGUGUUUUUUAUGAACUCAAAAUGCACUAAAUGGGUAUGUGACUCAUUUUUACGUUGACAUUUGUCAAAAGCAGCAAGAUAAAAUAGCUAGUGAAAUGAUGCGGGCAUCUGCUCUGCUUGCUGUGGCCAAUUUGUGUGUGUCAGCAACUCUUAAUGAAACUGCAAGUAUAUUCCAGAUGGAAACCAUUUAGCUGUAAAUGCAAAGGUAAAAAAUCAUAGUCCUGAAGAAUAAACCCUAGAGCUCCCCAUCUCUCCCGUGCAGGGAAGGCUGCUUACUCAACACACUCCUCCUCUCCUGUUCCUUUUCCGUGAAGUGUGUACAGUGAGGAAGCGUCUAAACUGUCUUGAGGUCUCAAGUAAUGUAACAAGCAUGAUGGUGCCUUCUAUUAAAUACAUCAUUCCAGUCUUGCUGGUGGUUUUGUACAGAAUAGUGUCCGACUGGCUGUGCUGUAAAAUCUUAACAGCUGUAAAAAAUGUUUAUAUAAUCAUUGUAUAAAAAUUGCAGUGUCUUUAAAAAUGAAACAUUACUGGACUAUUUGGUUAGCUCUGCAGUUAACAAGUUUCCUUAGCCUUGGAAGGAGGGAACUAUGAAGUAAGAACUGCGUGAAGAGACGUGAGUGUGCAGGUUGCAUCUAGUCCAAUCAACUUAUACUUUAAUUCCUACAUCGGGAGCCUAAAACUUGUUAACCUGAGGAUCCUGCAGAAUUUUCCUAAGGCAGCAUCACAGCUCCAGCGAUUGGGGAUUUCCGGUUUCUGAACUAUCACCCAUUUUGCACAGCCCUGGAACCGACUCCAGAGCCUCUGAGGCUCAGAUUGGCUGACAGCCUCUUGUGUGUUUUUUACUUGUGGACUCUUGCAGAUUGGGGAGGGGUUUGCUUAUUUCCAGGUUGCUGUUUGCAUAAAGAGCACAUUCCAGAUUGCUGCAGAUGUCGCAAGCACGUCUCCCACCCAGCUCAGCAGGCAUCAGACUCGCUUAGGAUAGGCAGAAGUCUAUGACUACUCAGAGUCCUUGCAAGCAGGGAAGACCUCACUUUCUGACAUGAGGAAAAUGCCCGCAACAAGAAGUAUUUCUUCAUGGCAACCAUAUGUCACUUCUGGUGGAAGCAGAAGCUUUUGUCUGUGUGUUGGGGAGAAAUGACAUUUAUAUCUUUCACCCCCCUCCCUCCCCCAAAUUGAGGUCUUCCAUGUUUGAGGGUAAGUCUUGCACUGUUUUUCAUACACUUUCUGGUGCACACUUCUCAGUUUCCUUUUUUUAUUUUCUAUGUUUGAUAUGUUUUUGUGUUGAGCUGUUUCAUUUCCAAGUGACACCUGGAAGUGUCAUCCCUGAAGGCCUGCAAACACCCCCCUCCCCCCCCCCCCACCAGGAACUUGGUGAAGCUGGAAAGCUGCCUUGAAACUGCCAUUCUCAGCCAGCAGGUUUGCUCUCCCUGGACUUUUGAGUGCUGCUUUAUUGCCCUCUCGCCUCUUAGGAAUAUAGUGAAGGCAAAAGAGCACAGGUAGAAAGAGCAUCAGGAAAAGGUUGGAACUGACCAUUAGAGGAGCUGUGGAGCCAUGCAGCAUUCUGGCUUGCUUCUUUCAAUGCCAUGCAAUGACAACAGUGGAAGCAUACACAGAAGUUUACAUGGUGACUGUUCACCUACUGUACUGUGGACUCAUAGUGUUUUUGUCCUCUUUUCAAUAAAUGUACUUCUAGAAGAAAAAAGCAGCAGAACUCCUUGACCAUCACUGUUAAACUACUGAUCUGUUGAGAUGGGUUUUAUUGCAGUUACACCCCAUUUCAACAAACUUAGCAUUAACCAUCUCGGCUUUAGUAGGUAUGCAAGACUGUGGACUACCAUCUUCAUUGCUGUAAUGUGUUAAGCAUUAUAUGCUAGUAGAGUCUAGUUUAACUGUUGCAGGUGAAAAGUAUUUUUACUUUUAAGUUUCCAUUUUUGAUGUGUUUUGACUAAACAUACCAAUAAACUACUGAUGUCUGCAGCAUUCA